AUGAGAGCCCGUGGAGUUGCACUCCGAGAAUUUAGAGAAAUGUUUUCCCCUUAUUGCUUUUUGAAAAAGGACACCAUCCCAAUACAGAAGCUAGAGACCGGAGACUACGGAUACUCAAACAUCUCGAAAUAUACCGUGACUAAUCGAAACAUCGUUAUAAAACAGAUUUACUACACCGAUAGUGACCAGGAGAAAUUAAACAAGCUUUUCUCCCAAUACAUAUUGCUUAUGCGAGCCACAAAUCGCUAUUUAAAUCCACCAAUUGGAUUCAUCUUCAAUAAUCCCAUAAUUAUUGCAACAAAUUAUAUUUCAAAUGGAAAUUUAUACGAGGCCAUCAAAAGUGGAAGACUUAACCCAACAGACAAAACAAAAAUUGCGAUGGGAAUUGCCUAUGCUCUUCGUAGAUUACACAAAAUGCACAUAAUUCAUGGAGACCUCAAGUCAAAGAAUAUUAUGCUCGGUGACGAUAUGCGUCCUCUCGUAUCAGAUUUCGGUUAUGGCGCCAUCGCACUCGCAUUACAAGUUCCGAUCCAAUACAGAAUUAAUGACCCCUACUGGUGUGCUCCAGAGGUACUCACAGGUGGGGUUCCAACCUCAGCCUCUGAUGUUUACUCCUUCGGAACCCUUAUAUCAGAACUUUAUAACGAACAUAUCCCAGCACAAGGUGCCGCCGUUCUCGCGCGCACAUCACAAGAAUUCAUACCAUCCACAGCCCCUAAAAUCCUCCAAGCCCUCGUCAAAUGCUGCACUCUUGAAAAUCCAGCUCGUAGACCAGAUUUCAGAAAGAUCUAUCGUCUCUUCAAGAAUGGCAACUGUUAUUUCCCUGGCACAGACCUUGCCAGCAUCAAGGAGGAGGUGAUCGCUAUCAAGGCAGACAUCCACAAGUCUCACAACAGAUUUUCUCCAUUGAUUUCUUCCCCAUUACCAAGUCGAGAUCAAAUUCAAGAGCUUAUCAACAAGAACUCCCAGAAGAACCAACAGAGAAGAGCUAAGCACCUCGUAACAAGCAAGUCUACAUCAAUUGGAGUUAAAGAAGCAAGAUCUCUUCCUAUUCAAACAAAAUCUGCUUCACCGGAAGCGAUAAGCAAAUUCGCAGGUCUUAGCGGCAAGAUGUCACUUGGAUUUUCUACAAAAUUCACUUCUCCAGCAAAAGACGGACAACUUGGAUCAUCAGAUAAUAAAUUAGAAAACAGUAAUCAGCUAUCAUUAAAUACAAAGUCCAUGAACUUAUCUAGUUCUCUUGGAAACCUCAAAGCUCAGGCAGAAGGUUCCAAAUACCUCAGAUUACCUCAUAAAUCUAGACACCCAAGAGUUCCUUCCUCCAACUGUGAAAUAUCAGUUUCGGAAAGACUCUACAGAACAAUGUCUGGUAUCAGGGUAGAGAAAUAUAAAGUUCGUGAAGAAAAGAAGAAAUUAACUAGAUCUUUAUUGACAAUCACCGCGCUUUUAAAGCAAGGCAAUAUAUCUAUACCAUGCUUCCAGAAGGAAGAAUCUCCUUCUGGCUUCUCACUCUCAAAACAAGUUAUGCCAUUUUUGAGACAGAGAAGGAGGCCAACAAAGUAA